AUGGCGCUCAGUACCAUUCAGCUUCGUGAUGAAGCGGUCCGCGACAGAAUCAGACUGGCAACUGAAUUCCUCGACCCCACCGACCAUGAAGCCAGAUCCUAUCGUGCCGACAUUGUUUUGAUGCUGAACCGUGGCCUGAGACGACUCGUGGUCAGCAUUGACGAUGUUCGAGCUCAUUCUCGAGAACUCGCGGAUGGGAUUUUGCACAAACCAUUUGACUACUCCCUGGCCUUUGAUGCCGCGCUGAAAAACGUCAUUGGCACCAUACCCAACCGUGCCCCUUUCGAGCAAGAUGAGGACCGAUUAUAUUACGUCGCAUAUUCGGGUUCAUUUGGCGAGAACACCUGCAAUCCUAGGACAUUGGGAAGUUCACUUCUCAACAAGAUGGUCUGUCUGGAAGGCAUCGUCACAAAGUGCAGUCUGGUCAGACCAAAGAUUGUCAAAAGCGUGCACUGGAAUGAGAAAAAAGGCACUUUUAUGUUCAGAGAAUACCGAGACCAGACUAUGAGUGCCAACGCUCCUGCAAGUCUGAGUGUCUAUCCACAGGAAGAUGGGGAGGGAAAUCCUUUGGUUACCGAGUAUGGCUAUUGUACCUAUCGUGAUCAUCAAACAAUCAGCAUUCAAGAAAUGCCCGAGCGAGCACCGGCGGGGCAACUUCCCCGAAGCGUCGAUGUCCUUCUGGACGAUGACAUGGUUGAUCGGGUCAAGCCUGGGGACCGCAUCCAGCUGGUGGGCCUCUUCAGGUCAUUGGGGAAUAGAAAUGCUGGAUCAGGAUCAUCGAUCUUUCGGACCCUCAUCUUGGCCAACAAUAUCGUCCUCUUGUCCUCAAAAGCCGGCGGAGGAAUUGCUCAAGCCACGAUCACAGAUCAGGACGUGAGAAACAUCAACAAAAUGGCUCGUAAGCACAAUGUGUUCGACUUGCUGUCACAAAGUCUGGCGCCCAGUAUCUACGGGCACGACUACAUUAAGAAAGCAAUCCUUCUCAUGCUCUUGGGCGGAAUGGAAAAGAACUUGCCGAAUGGUACCCAUUUAAGGGGCGACAUCAACAUCCUCAUGGUGGGCGAUCCUUCAACAGCCAAAUCUCAGCUUUUGCGCUUUGUGCUCAAUACCGCACCAUUGGCAAUUGCAACGACCGGCCGUGGCUCCUCCGGAGUCGGUCUUACCGCUGCCGUUACCUCCGACAAGGAGACAGGUGAGCGGAGACUCGAAGCUGGUGCCAUGGUUUUGGGAGACCGGGGCGUAGUAUGUAUCGAUGAGUUCGACAAAAUGAGCGACGUGGACCGCGUGGCCAUCCACGAAGUCAUGGAACAGCAGACCGUCACCAUUGCCAAAGCCGGCAUCCAUACCUCAUUAAACGCCAGAUGCAGCGUCAUUGCGGCCGCGAACCCCAUUUUCGGUCAAUAUGACAGCAACAAAGACCCCCACAAGAAUAUCGCUUUGCCCGAUUCCCUAUUGUCCCGUUUCGAUCUGCUUUUUAUCGUUACCGACGACAUUAACGACACUAGAGAUCGAGAAGUCAGCGAGCAUGUCCUUCGAAUGCACGAGUAUCGUCAGCCUGGAACUGAAGAAGGAGCUCCGAUCCGAGAACAGUCCAAUCAAAUGCUUGGAGUUGGUGUCCAGGAAGAUCAGAAUGCCAAUCAAUCGUCGCUGGUUUACGAGAAAUUCAACGUGGUGCUUCAUGCCGGUUUCCGGGCUGGAGCCAGGACAAGAGGCAACAAACAAGUCGUGCCCGUCAGCAUGGCCUUCAUCAAGAAAUACAUUCAGUACGCGAAAAGCAGAUGCAAACCUAUUUUGACAGAAGAGGCAAGUGACUAUGUCGUUAAUGCCUACGCCAACCUUCGGAAUGAUGAAUUGCAAGCAAAUAAGCGCAGAACCAGCCCUAUGACUGCAAGAACUUUGGAGACCUUGAUCCGCUUAUCGACCGCCCAUGCGAAAGCCCGACUGUCGAGCAGAGUCGAAGAGAGCGAUGCCAUUGCGGCGGAAGAGAUCCUUAAAUUUGCCCUCUUCAGAGAAAUUGCGGUCAAAGAUGGUGGGCGAAACAAGAGACGCAAGACCCGUGAUGGCAAUGAUGAUUCUUCGGAAGCAGAUAGCGAGUCUGGUAGUGACGACGACGAUGGCGAUGAAGAUACCCCGUACCAUGGGACCAGGUCAGGUGGUACCCGUGGGACUAUGCCACAGACGAGGAGUCAGCGCUCGACUCGCACCAAUACCACAACGAAUGGUACGCCAAAUGGAAGAGCCAACGGCAACGCUGACCCUGAAAGCGACGAUUCAGCAGAAUCAGUCGAGCGGGCUAGCUCCUCCCGAAGCCAGCGACAGACAGGUGCAGAAUCGCAAAUGUCCCGCAUGAGUAUAGCCAGCUCCAUACCCAGUUCCCAGCUACCAUCCACGCAAGCCGACUCACAAUCCCAAGCUCUGGAGCCAUCGCCUCGGGAUUCAGGGCCAAGUAUUUCGCAGCCACGUCUCGCGUCAUUCCGUGCUGCUUUGGGCCCCCUGACCCAGACAUCGCUGUUCCAGAAUGACAUGGCUACUCUCGCGGAUGUCAGUGCUGCAGUCAAUCAUCGCGUGUCUGAGACUCACGGGGCAGAAUUCUCCCAGGAAGAGAUUACUGCUGCGCUUAGGACAAUGAAUGAGGCAAAUCAAAUCAUGUUCUUGGAGGACAGUGGAGAGGUAUACACUCUGUAG